AUGGUGAAGGAGAAGAAGUGCUCUCUUGGUGAAGUCCAUACAGUUACCUUUCAAGUGGGUCAAAAGUAUAAAGGUAAAAAGGAAAUUAAGGACAAAGUCAACAAACUUGCCACUGAGACUAGAAGGAAUCUUGGGUUCAAGAAAAAUGACAAAACAAGGCUUAAGGUUGUGUGUAAAGGUAAUGUACCUAAUGUAAAUGCAAGUGAGACUUUAAGGUCAAAAGAUAGUGAUUAUUGGUAUGUGAAAACUUUACUGUACAAACAUACUUGUGUUCAAACUAGAAAACUUAGGGCUUGCACUACGAAGUAUAUAUCCACAGAAAUCUUAGACAUGGUCGAGUCUAACCCUACUGUACCCCUUCGAAGCAUUCCAGACCAAGUUCAGAAAAGGCUUCAAGUUGGUGUGUCCAUACACAAAGUACAGAGGGCAAAAGCAACAACUACAAAGCAAGUGACUGGUGACUACACAAAGCAAUACAUGGUGUUAAAAGAUUAUCUUAUGGAACUACAAGAAACUAAUGUGGAUACAACUGUGAAACUUGAGGUUGUUAAUGAGCCUAACAAUGCUAGAGAAACAAGGCAGUUUAAAAGGGUGUAUAUUUGCUUAGGGGCAUUAGAUAAAGGGUUUAAAGCAGGCUUAAGAGAUAUUCUCGGACUAGAUGUUGUUUUUAUGAAAGGACCAUUUCCAGGCCAAGUACUCACUGCAGUUGGAUUGGAUUCAAACAAUGGCAUAUACCCACUUGCAUAUGCCAUUGUUGAGACUGAAAAUAUGAGUAGCUGGAAAUGGUUUCUAGAAUGCUUAAGAUAUGACUUAGAGUUGUACUCAAAUUCUAACUUUACUUUCAUGAGUGAUAGACAAAAGGGACUCUUACCUGCUAUUGCACAACUAUACCCACAAGCUAAGCAUCGUUUCUGUCUAAGGCAUAUUUAUGAAAAAAUGAGGAAAAAUGGAAAACAAAAGAGCAGAGCAGGAUCAGAUAUAUUGCUCAACAAUUUGUGUGAGGUUUUCAACAUUAAGCUUAUUCACGGUAAGAAUAAGCCCAUCAUAAGUUGUCUUGAGUACAUCAGGCAGUACCUUAUGAAGAGGAUCUGCAAUGUGAAGAAAGUGAUGUCUAAAGCUCCAGGUCCACUCACUCCAACAUCAUCAAAGUUACUUGAGAGAAAUGGGGAAGCUUCAGUCCAAUAUAGGCCUAGAUGGAAUGGGACUGCAAAGUAUGAAGUUUAUGGUCCUUGGCAUGACCAGCAUGUGGUUGACAUGACAAAUAUGUCAUGUACAUGCAAAAGGUGGGAGUUGAAUGGGAUUCCAUGCAGACAUGCCAUAGCUACAAUACAUGAAAUGGCUGAUAGUGGAGACAAAGUUGGGGAGCUUUACACUUAUGUCAACAAACUGUAUUGGCUUCAAACUUGGAAUGAGGCUUAA